UCCUCGGAUUCAUUCUGGCGUUCCUGGAGCGAUGGCUGGCUGGCUGCUGUGCUUCUGGAUCCCCUUCGCCCUGACUGCGGAAGAGAGCCUUAUGAACACCAAGCUGGAGACGGUUGACCUACGAUGGAUGACGUACCCUGCGGAUGGGCAGUGGGAGGAGCUGAGCGGUCUGGACGAGGAGCAGAACAGCGUCCGCACCUUCGAGGUGUGCGGCGUCCGCUCUCCGAACCAGAACAACUGGCUGCGCACCACCUUCGUCCCUCGCUCGGGGGCCACGCACGUCUACGCCGAGCUCCGCUUCACGGUGGUGGAGUGCUUCUCCAUCCCGCAGGUCACGCGCUCGUGCAAGGAGACCUUCAACGUCUUCUUCUACGAGGCCGACCGCGACCUGGCCACCGAGUCCUUCCCGCCCUGGAUGGAGAACCCGUACGUCAAGGUGGACACGGUGGCGGCCGAGCACCUGACGCGCAAGCGAGCGGGCAUGGAGGCCUCCGGGAAGGUCAACGUCAAGACCCUCAAGAUCGGGCCGCUCUCCAAGGCCGGCUUCUACCUGGCCUUCCAGGACCAGGGAGCGUGCAUGGCCUUGCUCUCGGUCCGCCUCUUCUACAAGAAGUGCCCUGCCGUCACCGUCAACUUCACCCUCUUCCAGGAGACGGUCCCCCGCGAGUUGGUCAUGCCCGUGGCCGGCCGGUGCGUGCCCAACGCCGUCAAGGUCAGCGCCCGGCCUCUCAGCAUGUACUGCCGCGAGGACGGAGAGUGGGCCGAGCAGACGGUCACCGACUGCACCUGCGCGGCCGGGCACGAGCCGUCCGAGGAGAACACCAAGUGCCGAGCCUGCCCUGCGGGGAUGUUCAAGCCCUCUCAGGGUGAGGGCUUUUGCCAGAGCUGCCCGGCUUUCAGCCAAUCGAACGCCCCGGGAUCGAGCGGGUGUCCCUGCCGCAACGGAUUCUACCGGACGGAGAAGGACCCCGUGACAAAGCCGUGUGCUAAAGGCCCGUCCAAGCCCCGCAGCCCCGAGGCCAAGAUCAACGGCUCGGUGGCCGUCCUGAAGUGGAGCGAGCCCCUCGAGAACGGCGGCCGCGACGACGUGGCCUACCACGUCACCUGCUCCGAGUGCCCCGAGAAGCAGCCUUGCCGGCCCUGCUCCCGCCUGGCUUACGCCCCCCGAUCCAGGGGGCUGUGGGAGCGGUCGGUCACCGUGGAGGGUCUGCAGCCCUACAUCAACUACCUCUUCCGGAUCCAGGCCGUCAACGGCGUCUCCGAGAUGAGCCACAACCCGCCGGCCUCGGAGUCCAUCAACGUGACCACCAACAAGGACGUCCCCCAGCCCGUCUCUGAGAUCCAGCAAACGUCCGCCGGCUCCAGCACGGUCACUUUGACUUGGCCUCCUGUCCAGCCUCCAACCGGGAGCAUCCUGGACUACGAAGUCAAGUAUUAUGAGAAGAGCGGCGGGGGCACCAUGUUUGUGAAGACGUCGGAUAACCAGGUGACCCUGAGCGGCUUGCGGAGAGGGGCGAUGUACGGGGUUCAAGUCCGCGCCCGCUCGGAGGCCGGGUACGGGACGUUUGGGCCCGAGAAGGCCUUCCAGACCCAGGGAAUGGAGUCGGGAAGUAGCACGGAGAAGCUGGCCCUCAUCGUGGGAACAGCGGCGUUGGGGGCGCUCCUGGUCCUGGCAGUGAUCAUUGUGGCCAUCGUCUGCUUCCGCCGCCAGGGGGCGUCCAGGUCACGGGAGCAAGAAUACUCCGACAAGCCUGGGCAGUACCUGAUUGGACACGGCACCAAGGUCUACAUCGACCCUUUCACCUACGAAGACCCGAACGAGGCUGUGCGCGAGUUUGCCAAAGAGAUCGACGUCUCGUACGUCAAAAUUGAGGAGGUCAUUGGCGCAGGCGAGUUUGGGGAGGUGUGCCGUGGCCUCCUGAAAGUGCCCGGCAAGAAGGAAAUCUACGUGGCCAUCAAGACCCUGAAAGGCGGCUACACCGAGAAGCAGCGCCGGGAGUUCCUCAGUGAGGCCAGCAUCAUGGGCCAGUUUGAGCACCCCAACAUCAUCCGCCUGGAUGGGGUCAUCACCAACAGCGUCCCCGUCAUGAUCGUCACCGAGUUCAUGGAGAACGGAGCCCUCGACUCCUUCCUCCGGCUGAACGACGGGCAGUUCACCCCCAUCCAGCUGGUGGGGAUGCUGCGGGGCAUCGCGUCCGGCAUGCGCUACCUCUCUGACAUGAGCUACGUCCAUCGGGAUUUAGCUGCCCGCAACAUCCUGGUCAACAGCAACUUGGUCUGCAAAGUCUCCGAUUUCGGGCUGUCCCGCUUUCUUGAGGAGAAUUCGUCCGACCCCACCUACACCAGUUCGCUGGGCGGGAAGAUCCCGAUCCGGUGGACGGCCCCGGAAGCCAUCGCCUUCCGCAAGUUCACCUCCGCCAGCGACGUCUGGAGCUACGGGAUCGUCAUGUGGGAAGUCAUGUCGUUCGGGGAGAGGCCAUACUGGGACAUGUCAAACCAGGAUGUGAUAAACGCCAUCGAGCAGGACUACCGGCUACCGCCCCCUACGGACUGCCCCACUUCGCUGCACCAGCUGAUGCUCGACUGCUGGCAGAAGGACCGCAACACCCGGCCCCGAUUCGCCCAGAUCGUCAACUCAUUGGACAAACUGAUCCGGAACCCGGCCAGCCUCAAGAUCGUCUCGCGGGGAAACGGAGGGCCGUCCCACCCCCUCCUGGACCAGCGCCUGCCCCACUACUCCUCCUUCGCGUCCAUCGGCGACUGGCUCCGCGCCAUCAAGAUGGGGCGCUACGAAGAGAAUUUCGCCGGCGCCGGGUUCACCUCCUUUGAGCUUCUCAGCCAGCUCUCCACCGAAGACCUCCUCCGGAUCGGCGUGACGUUGGCCGGACAUCAGAAGAAAAUCUUGUCCAGCAUUCAGAACAUGCGUGUCCAGAGCAAAUCCGGCUCCUCCUUGGGACCCUACUGACCGCGGAGGAAGGAAACGGUCCGAAAUUAUUGCGU